GAAAAAUAAAAAAACAAAAUCAUGAUGAAAUGGUUUGCUGUUAAAUGGGUUUGGGCCAAAGAAAUGGACGGAAAAGGCCGUAGCUGCUGAGCAUAGAUGUGCUAAUAUCGAACCCAAUUGUAGCCGAAUAAAAUGAAAAAAUAGCAAGGGAAGAGGAACAGCAGCAGCAGCAUUUGAGUUCAAUCUUCAUUUCCCAUCGUCUCUCCAAUCCAAUCGAUGCCUUUUGACUUCAAUUAGUGACACUAAUAAUAGAUAGUGUGAGUAUAAUGGCAAUAUCAUCAAGAAUGAAGAAGAAGAAGGAGAAGGAGGAAUACUGGAAGCGCAAAGAGCUCGUCUUUCUGGUUCUCUAUGCCAUUGCUUUCUACGCUUUCAUCAUCCAUCGAUCUCUUCAACUCUCUCUCGAUCAUGAAUCAGAGCUUUAUGCUUUACGCCCUGGAUGGCUUCUCCCUCCUCGUCUCAAUGAUGUUAGUGAUGCCCAAUGGAGAAAUUUCCGUGCCAAUUUGCCUAUUCUUUCUCUUGUCUUUGCUCUUUUCGCCCUGCUUGCUAAUUCAUUAAGGGCCCUUUUUUCCUUGAAAGCUAAAGGAAUGUCCUUUGUGUGGCUUCUCAUUUCUUUGGCCUACCUCUCUUAUCUUCACGGAGCUUGCGUUCUGUUUAUCCUCUCAAUUGCUUCCCUGAAUUUUCUCCUCGUGAAGAUGUUUGCACAGACAAAGUAUUUCUCUCCUGUGCUUUGGCUUUUCAACGUAUUUUUUCUUCUGUGUAAUCGUGUUUAUGAAGGAUAUUCGUUCUCCAUUUUUGGGCAACAAUGGGCAUAUUUGGACAACUAUCGUGGAACUUUUAGAUGGCACAUUUGUUUUAAUUUUGUUAUUUUGCGAAUGAUCAGCUUUGGAUAUGAUUACCAUUGGGCACAUCAGGAUCCUCUUUUUGAUCAGCAGAAGCACAUUCAACGUUGCCAUACUUGUAAGUCUGGAAAAACAUGCUACCGGCUCUUGCAGGAGGGAAGUGUCCAGAAGGAGAAGUUUUCCCUUAGCAUAUACCUCGCCUAUUUGGUAUAUGCCCCAGUUUAUAUUGCUGGCCCAAUUAUAAGCUUCAAUGCCUUCGUCUCACAGUUAGAUUCGCCUCAGAAUAAUUAUACAGUUAGGGAUAUGUCCUGGUAUGGGUUACGUUGGUUAUUCAGCUUUUCUCUAAUGGAAUUAAUGACGCAUCUAUUUCGUUACAAUGCUUUUGCAAUCAGUCGUCUCUGGAAACUGCUAUCUCCUAUGGACAUAUUCAUCAUUGGAUAUGGGGUCUUGAAUUUCAUGUGGCUAAAAUUCUCCCUUAUCUGGCGCUAUUUUCGAUUCUGGUCACUGAUAUGUGGCAUUGAGGCCCCUGAAAAUAUGCCAAGGUGUAUUAAUAAUUGCUGCAACUUGGAGAGCUUUUGGAAAAAUUGGCAUGCUUCGUACAAUAAAUGGCUUGUCAGAUACAUGUAUAUUCCUCUUGGAGGAUCUCAGAGAAAGCUACUCAACAUAUGGGUUAUAUUCACAUUUGUUGCCAUCUGGCAUGAUCUAGAAUGGAAACUUCUUUCAUGGGCAUGGUUAACAUGUUUAUUCUUUAUCCCUGAAAUGGUGGUGAAAUCAGCAGCGAAUACAUUACAGGUGGAGGGUGCUUUUGGGGAGUUUCUUUUCCGAGAAAUUAGUGCAGCCGGUGGUGCCAUCACCAUUACAUGUCUCAUGGUGGCAAACCUUGUUGGGUAUGUAAUUGGGCCAUCAGGCAUUAACUGGCUGUUUUCACAAUUUCUUUCAAGACGAGGAUUGCCAGUAAUGGGUGGUAUGUUUAUAACGUUUUACGUUGGGACAAAGCUUAUGUUCCACAUUGAUGAUGCCAAGCAAAGGAAGCACUAAAUUAAGGGCGUACGAAGUUGUUUUACUCCUCUAAGCAAAGGAGGCACUGCAUUAAGGGCCUACGGAGGUCCUUUACUCGGUCAUGCAGCUGAAUGCCGAUUGGCAGAUCACAUGUACACUUCGUUGAGCGUUGAGGAAGAGAAAGUCGUGGCUACAGGAGCAGGGUAAACCACCAUAUACGAUAUGAUUGUAACCUUUUUGACUGAUUGAGUCUCCAAUUCUACUUGUAAGUGCUCGGAUCUUGCUCCGGGAUCAAAUAGGAAACUUCAGUUUUCCAAUUUGACAAGAAUACUUAUUUUGAUCUAUGGCGAUCCUGAGAGUUGCUUAGUUGGCA